AUGUCAGAGAUUCCUAUUCAUAUUCGACAUUGCAUUUUGUAUGAGUUCCAACAGGGGAACAAUGCAAGUGCUGCUGUUCGCAAUAUAUGUGCUGCACUUGGUGAAGGUGUUGUUGCUGAUCGCACUUGCCGAGAUUGGUUUAAAAGGUUUCGGGAAGGUGACAUGACAUUGGAAGAUCGUCCAAGGUCUGGACGUCCUCCGGAAUAUGAUAUUGAACGAUUAAAAAUCAUGAUCGAAGACAAUCCACGAUUAACCACCCGUGAAUUAUCAGCUAUGCUUGGGUGCGACCAAUCCACCAUCGAUCGUCAUUUGCAUGAAAUGGGAAAAGUCAAUAAACUUGGAACAUGGGUUCCACACCAACUAACCUCGGACAACAUACAGCAAAGAAUCACCAUAUGCAACUUUUUGUUGUCAAAACGCAACCGACACAGAUUUCUUCAACAGAUUGUCACUGGCGAUGAAAAGUGGGUCCUAUAUGUCAACCAUACACGCAAGCGCCAAUGGGUCAAUCCUGAAGAUUUGCCUGAACCAGAACCAAAAAACGAUUUGCAUCCAAAAAAAGUGAUGCUGUCGAUCUGGUGGGAUUUUGAAGGUAUUAUUUACUGGGAACUUUUGCCACCUAAUACCACUGUCGACUCGAAGCUUUACUGCCAACAACUUCAAAAUGUGAAAGUUGCACUACAAGGAAAUCGUUCAGAAAGACGAAAAGUUCGACUCCUCCAUGACAAUGCGAAACCUCAUACGGCAAAAGUAACCCGCCAAAAGCUGGAAGAAUUAGGGUGGGAGGUCUUACCCCAUCCACCAUAUUCACCAGAUCUGGCACCUUCUGAUUAUCAUCUGUUCCGGUCGCUUCGCAAUCAUCUGGUGAAAAAACAGUUCGAUGAUCAGGCACAUGUAAAAUCGGACCUCGAAAGUUUCUUUUCGUCUUUAUCUAAGAAAUUCUUUGAAGAUGGCAUUCUCGAUUUGCCUAAAAGAUGGGAAUAUGUCAUAGACAACAACGGUGUAUAUGUUGUUGAUUAGUGAUACUUUGUUUCAAUAAAAUCAUGAAACGUCAAAAAGAAAAAAAAUCGGCGGAGACUUUUGCAUCAACCCAAUAUUAAUUGAUGGUGAUGAUACGAGAAGUAAAUUCAUAAGUAAGGAGUGAUCGAAAGUUACACAGGUCUUAAUGAUAGUGAACUACGAUGUCAAAAUUUGGGGAUCUAACACGCCUAGUCUAACCUAAUCAAAAAAUUUUAGACUCCAGCCCCGGAUUUUCUUUUGCAUUUUGGCGACAUUCAUAUCAUUUUGACGCGUAAAAUUAUUGUAAAUGAAUAAUUAAACGAAUCAAUAAAUAGUACACAUCGUAUAUUAGUGUAGAAUUCAUUAUUCUUCGUGAUGGUUUUUCAGAAACCACAGAAACAAAAUGACCAAAAACGUUUUCCAAAAAAAAAAAAAAAAAGCGCUUUUUUGCUAUUCGUAAGCGUGAAUCUCUCGAAU